AUGAAGCACUCAGACUGGUCGCUUUUGUUACAGGACUGGUCGCAGCUCCAAGCUCAGGCUGAGCGUGUCGCGGCUUGGCCCUCGCAUCCGCUGAAGGCGUUGGAACGCUUGGCCUUAGCGGAAGGCUUGGUCGCUCAGGCAGCAGGUGUGCUGAACCUCUGUACAGAGCAAUGCGGGCAACACCUUUGCACGUUCUACGAAGACCUGGCAUCGGGCCAAGCAGCAUUGCGCCCGCGGCACUUGGCCCAUCCUCCUGCGCCGGCGUUGGUUGCGUGUACUUCGCACCUGGAUACGGCCCUGCCCGUGGUUGUGCACCAUGCAACAGCCCUAUUGCUGGCGGGUCACGUGGUUGCAGUCGCAGCGCAAGGACGCGCUCUUGAGGCGCUGAAGGCUGCAACUGCAGGAUUUCCAGAGGACCUUCUUUCUACCAUGCCGUUGGGACCUCUGGCAACCUUGCCUCGUUUGCGCACUUUGCGGAGUGUGGGCCCUUCUCCAGUGCAGCUGUGGCAGGACAGGGCCCCACCGGGAGACUUUGGCGGCGAUGGCCCUGCGCGACAUGGAAUGGCCAGAGCAGCGGAUCCAUUGACACUGAGUGAUUGCCAUGACAACAGCAUUGCUGCUUGCCAAAGGGCUGAGUCGAUUAGCUUGGAGUUUGGGUUGACAUGGAGUGAAGAGGUGACUUCUCUGGCUGAUCUUUUGCCAGUAGCAAGCCGCCCCAAUGCUGUUGACUUGGAGAUGCAGCGCUUCCUGCAUUUGCUUUGGGCUGUCAGGGAGCCUCUCGGGCCAGAGCAGGUUGCUCUAGCACCCAGUCACAAACACGUCCUGCUGACCUUCUGUGGCAGCACUCUCCCCGAGGACCUGGUGAAGCUGGCUUUGACCUCGGCGAUGAGCCCAUUCCACGAAAGGAUCACUCUUCAUGCAGUCGGCCUUGGAGCUAGAGGCCUUGGAAGGGAGCCAUUGAAGUCCUUUUUUUGCAAGGUGGUUCAGUCUGGCCGCAUGGCGUGGGAGGUCAAGGAGCACAAGGAUUGGGCGACCUUCCUGGACUGGCUACCUUUGCAAGAAGGGAUCAAUCUGUUCAGCCUGCUCAGGAAUCUGGAGCCAGAGGUGAAGAGACGAUGUGCCAGUACUGGUGGUGCUGCCUGGGUUCAGCUUGGCUCGGAUCCCGUAGACAGACUGAGGCGAUGGACAGAAGUGGUUCCCGCAGAUGACGUUGAGAAUCGAAGGACAAAAGCUGCCCCAUAUGAUUUCUGCGGAGUGCGUGCCCAGCAAGCACAGCAGGCUCAAGCUCAGCAGGCGCAGCAGGCUCAAGCAGCCCAAGCCCAACAAGCUCAAGCCGCCCAACAAGCGGCACAACAAGCGGCCGCACAGCAGGCGGCGCAGCAAGCAGCCGCGCAGCAAGCGGCACAGCAAGCAGCAGCGCAAGCAGCACAAGCCUUGCCGCCACCUUCCCAGGCUCAGCAAGCAGUGCAGCAAGCGGCACAACAGGCUGCCGCCCAGCAAGCAGCGCAAGCGGCAGGUGUUUCACUGGGCAAUCUGGGCAGCCUGUCUUUGGGCGGCCUUCCACUGGCUGGUCUGGAUCAGGCGGCUUUGGACGCACAAGCGGCAUUGGAUGCGCAUAAUGCAGCAAGUCUUGCAGAGCUGCAGGCACAGGCGCAGGCACAUGCACAGGCACAAGUUCAGGCAGCAGAAGCUGCUGCCAGGUUUGCCCAGGAACAGGCACAAGCCGUGGCCGAGGCACAGCAGCGUGCCGUGGUCCAGGCACAAGCUGCGGCUGCUGCGGAGCAAGCAAGGCUGCAGCAGCAACAGCAGCAGCAACAGAGGGAACAGGCCAUUGCUCAGGCGAAGCAACGCCGUGAGGAGAAGCUGAAGGAAGCGCAGGCCGAGCGAGAGGCCGAAGAAAAGUUGAGGUGUCAUUUGCACAAGAAGCCCAAUUCGAAGUGCAAAUUCUGCAAGCGACACCAGGAACACGUCACAGAGCGUGAUGAGAAAAAGGCGGCACUGUCAAAGAGUACCGAAAAGGAGAGGAGAUUUGAUCUCAUCGGUGCUCCUCGUGGAGCACUGGAGAUCGUCAACACAAAGACCUAUGGAUUCAGCCCACUGCUUCAGACGCACGUAGUGGAGUCAGCUCACUUCAAGGCACUCUUGUCCUUGGAAUCGUUUGAGCAGAUGAUUGACGAGAUGAAUCAGUUUGCCGACAACAUUGAGCCGUACAUGCCAAACAGCAAUACGACACCGUCAGCACUGUUUUGCUGUCUCUACCGGCUCUUCACCAUGGGAAUUGACAGCCGACAACUUAGAAGGCUGAUGGACCAUCCAGAGAAUGCAUACAUCCGCUGUGUAGGUUUCCUUUUCGUGCGGUUUGGACUGGCUCCUGACUCGUUGUGGAACUGGCUCGGGGAGUAUGUGUUGGAUGAUGAGGAGCUGCGGCCAGCCAAGGACUCAGAGUGGCGCACCACCAUCGGGGAGUUUGUGGAGGGCUUGCUGAGCCAAGACAAGUAUUAUUCAACUGUCUUGCCACGACUGCCGAUGUCAACCAAGAGGCAGCUUGAAGCCAAGCUGGCGCCAAUUCCUCAGAGCCGGAAGCGCUCCAAGUGCAACCUAGCAUUCUUGGAAGUCUAUCGAGAACAGGGCGUCAAAGUGGAGAUCAGCCACGACGGUGAGUGGGUGACCGGUACCACUUUAGAGCUGAUCGAGGACAUGCCCUCGAGGCUCAAGGUGCUGGUCAAAAUGGACAACGAUGACAGUGAGAAGGUGAUCAGGGCAAAGAUCGAUCGUGCAGCACAAGCUAUGAAGACGGAUGGAAGUAUGAGGAUCCUGCACAAGUUGAUCGGCAAAGCAGGAUUCGUCCCGUUCUUCCCACCUGUCUUUGGCCGUGCGCACGUAGACAGCGACUGCUCGCUUCCAAGAUUCAGGACGGGCGAAACGGAUGAGCCGCCUGAUGAUAGCUUCAGUGUGGGGGACUUUUCCGACAUGGAGUCCGAAUGGGAUCCCUGUGAAACAGCAGGAGAGAUGCCGGAGAUGAUCGAGGACACCAUGACAAGCAGCUCCUAUCCUGUGGCGGCGUGCGUUCUGUCCGAAAAAGCAAGCGCUGGAAAUUUCUAUGUGAUCUCUGACGGCUUUGCCGAGCUCUUCGGCUGGACGAAGCAGGAGCUUCAGGGCAAGCAAGUGCUGCGGCUUCUUUCAGCAGAUCUUUGGACAAACUAUGAGCUUGACCGCACCUUCAACGAAGUUGUGGAGCAAGGUGGCAAGCGUACAGUGGAAGCUGCAUUGCGAUGCAAAACUGGGGAGCUGAACUACUGCCGGUUGACCAUGGAAAAGGUGACCACAGAACCGAACGGCAUGCUCACACAGAUGCUUUUGCUGAUGCCACAAGAUCUGGACUGA